UGAAUAAAGUGGUCCAGAUGGCAGCAGAGAGAUCAUUUCUCCGCUUGACAGCUGAAACUGACGGAAGGCUCCUAUCACUCCUACCAGCAAAGGAAUACAAAGUUAUCAUGGCAAUGGUACCUGAAAUCACUUGUGAGGAGGUGGAUUUUUACAGGGACAAUGAUGAGAGCCAAUUUUAUGAGGCUGAUGGUCCCAACCAAAAGAAGGGUUACUUCCAGUAUCCUGAUCUUUGUUCCAAAGAAAGUCCUCUGGAGGAGGAUGUCAUCCAGCUGAAAUUUACCUCUCUGCCCCAUCAAUUCCAUCAAACUGUGAUGGUAGUUGUUGCAAUUGAGAAGAUGAGGCAUCUGAAUGGAUUCUGCUCCCAGCUGUUCCAGGAUAAUGACUUGAAUAUUUUCACAAGCAUCUUUCAAGAAGAACCUGUCACCGUCAAGAGCUGUGACAUUUAUGAGUCUGACUCCACCUUUCAGUUUAUAUCCUCCCAAGACUGCACCAUUCAGGACAUAAAUCAAAAAUGCCUAGCCUUGUCCAAGACCAGUGAACUGCAAGCUCUCCAUCUCAAUGGUCGCAACAUAAGCCAACAAGUAAUUUUCAGCAUGAAGUACUUACUUGGUGAGAUAGGCUCCCAGAAGACAUAUGUUGUCCUGUGUAUCAAGAAAAAUAAUCUCUAUCUGUCUUGUGUGAGGCGUGGUGAGAAGCCCAUUCUGCAGCUGGAGCAAAUCACCAAUUUCCCCAGCACUAAUGUGGAAAAGCGAUUCAUCUUCAACAAGAUAGAAAUCAAUAAUACCACUGAAUUUGAGUCUGCAGAAUACCCCAACUGGUACAUCAGCACCUCCCAACUGGAUGAUCAGCCUGUCUUCCUGGGGAACAUUAGAGGGGGCAAGGACAUAACUGACUUCAUUUUGGAUGAUCUCUCUUAAGCAGCAAGUCUGGGUAUAGUGUGUACUCUAGGACCUAGGCAGAGGGGAGAAGAAAAGGAAUUUGGGAAUUCAUAUGUUAUACAUAUGACAUGUAUUCAACUUAGGCCUUAAUAUAUUCUUUGGAAAUUUGUAUUGCUACCAUUCAGAUGCUGACUUUGCUCAGGGAAAGCCCCCAUGGCCCAUUUCAAUGCCUGGUUGAGCAGAAUCUGGGAAAAUCAUGGUGAUAGUUUGGUAUUCAAGAUGGAGGUUUGAGCACUGGAAUGUUGCCAGGCAGGGAGCAUUAGGAGGGGGGAUUUGAAGAAAGAAAAGAUGCCCAUGGAAUAGGAGGGCAAAAGAGACCUCUGGCCUGUAAAUUUAGUAAGGGCACAAAAUAGGAAGUGCUGUGCAAUCAUGAACUCAAGGUUCUCCUGCAUUGCUGAUUCUAAAUGGGUUAGGCUAUGAUUGAGCCCUGUCAGCUGGGAGUAUGCUCAAAAGCUGCCCUGUUAUUUCCCAGAUUCAAAAGCAACUAGCCUCUGCCAUGAUGGGGCCUCUCCUGAAUCAUCCAUAACUAUCUCCCCAAGCCUGGGUUAUUUCCAAACUCCAACACUGCCCUCUCAGGUCUUUAGCAACUGUUUGUUUGUCUGUUUAUUUAUUUAUUUAUUAAUUAUGUGGUCUGUUUAAGGAUGCUCAUGUCUAUUUAAUUCUCUGAAGGAAAAGGCCAAGAUGAGCCAAUGUCAGGAACAGGGUAAAGCUUUUGAUGUCUGUAAAACUGAAUUAAUUUAUAUUGUUAUGGUCUACUCAGAGGACCUAUAAAUGUAAGCAUGUGUUCUUGAAAGGUGAAUAUUUAUGAAAAGGGAAGCAUGACCUAUUAAUCUCACUGUUUCCACAAUAAACUUUGAUUCAAUGUGGA